AUGGAGUCCGCAAUGGCGUUUCUUGCUUCGUGUGUUUUCACCGUCCUCCUCUCGGUAUCAUUGACGGGAGGCAGCGUCAUCCCUCAACUGGGAGACAAUGCUGCCGACAUCGACAACACCGGCCUACUUAUGCGGCUCCUAGACGCCGUAAGACUCCCCAGCGCCUCAGACAAUUCAUCAAGCGACACAGACACCGUGUUGGUGCUUGACGCGGGCCAGGGCGAGGCUGGGCAACGGGGCAGUAGGAGCUCUGCCCCCGGGGACAUCAAUCUGAGCGACGCGCCGGCCGCCUUUGCACUCGCGGAAGAUCUCAGCGGAGCCCAGUUGGCGGAGAUUCUGCAAGGGCUGCUGGACGACUCGACCGCACCGGCCGGUUCCGUACCGGUCAGUUUGAGAUGCUCCGGGCAGCCGAUUGCCGCUAGCACCCCGACGACACACUCCGAAUAUACGUCGGAGACGUGUCACCAAGGACUGAUCCCUACUGUAAACAACUCAAAAGUCAAUACUCGGGGUCUCUGCCCGUGGACAUACGUGGAGCACGUCGAUAUUGACAGAUACCCUAGCACGAUGCUGUACGCCCAGUGCGCAUGUCCAGACUGCGUCAGGCAAAGCGUCUCGGAUGACUUUGGUUGUCACCCAAUUUACAACGAUGUCAAAGUGCUCCGUAAGCACGCUUGCCAAGACGGGAUCCAAAUAUACGACUCAGUUUACGAGAGAGUACCCGUAGCCUGUGCGUGCCUCAGAACUCUAGAGUAGAAGAAAGGAGACUGGUGAACAUCUAGAACGCCCUCUGCUGGUAACAAUUGCAAUAUAGCAGGCAAUAAUUGCAAUACAGUACUGAAACAACCAUGAGCUUGACAUAGCAUAAUAUAUACUUGUAUAUAACAUAAUCGCUUAAUAUAGCAUAUUUAUAUACUUUUGGUACUAUUUAUUUAUUCACAUGCGCAAUAGUUGAUGUUAAGUGAAAUAAUAUGUCCAAUGCAAUAACACCACGAUUCAAUGCAUAUUGGUGCAACGAUAUUUAAGAUAUAUAUAAUAUAUUUAUAUAAUUUAUUGAUCACGCUAUUUAUUGGUGCUAUCGAUGCAUUCCAACUGAUAUUUAUUAGAUCAUGUGAAAUUUCGUUUGAUAUUUAUAAGCUUGCCUGGAUAUUUAUAUGGUUUUAUAGGCAACGUAAGCUUGUUUACGUUCAUAAUUUAUCUUGAUUCGUUUUGAUGAAUUGCUUUGUGUAGAAAUUUGAAAACCCGUACAGCUGCAUUUGACAGUUACAUAAGUAGCACAUAUUGUGCUCAAUAUACUGGUUUGUAUAACCAAUAUGAAUACUGUGUAUACAUUUUUAAA